AUGAUGGAUGUCGUGGAAGGACUCUCAGGGAGACCCCAGCUGCUGCCAUGGGGAGCUGGGAUCAUUGCUCUGCUUUUGACAGUAGUGAGUGUGUGCUCCCUGCCCUCCCUGAUGGAAUACUGGAGGCGAUGGCGGAUGCUGAAGUCCAUCCCGGGUGUCAGCCCCUGCUAUCCUGUGGUGGGAAAUGCCCUGCUCUUUGAGCGGAAAGGAGAAGAUUUUUUUAAACAGAUAGAGUUUUAUACUGAAAAGUUCAGAAGUUGGCCACUGUUCAAACUUUGGAUAGGACCAGUGCCUGCCAUAUUUUUGUAUCACCCUGACAGUGUGGAGGUUAUUCUGAACAAUUCAAAACUUCUAGAAAAAUCAUACCUAUAUGAAUUCCUGCAUCCAUGGCUGGGCACUGGACUUCUGACAAGCACUGGAGACAAGUGGCGGUCACGGAGGAAGAUGAUAACUCCCACAUUCCACUUUGCAAUCUUGAGUGACUUCCUAGAAGUCAUGAAUGAACAAGGAAAUAUUUUGGUGAAGAAACUUGAGAAGCAUGUUGACAAGGAGCCAUUUGAUGUCUUUAUGGACAUCACUCUGUGUGCCCUUGAUAUUAUUUGUGAAACAGCAAUGGGCAGGAAUGUGGGUGCCCAGAAGAAUAAGGAUUCUGACUAUGUUUCUGCUAUCUACAGGAUGAGUGAUCUAAUCCAACGGCGACAGAUGAGCCCUUGGCUUUGGCCUGACUUUUUGUAUGUAUUGUUCAAAGAAGGAAGAGAGCACAAGAGGAAGCUCAACAUCCUUCACAAUUUUACAGAUACGGUCAUUGCAGAAAAAGCUGAAGAACUUAAAAACACCCAGCAAAAGAAACAUGAUGGUAACUCUGAAGAAAGUGGUUCCAAAAAGAGAAAAGCAUUCUUGGAUAUGCUGCUGAGUGCAACAGAUGAUGAAGGGAAAAAAUUGAGCUACAGGGACAUUCGUGAGGAAGUGGAUACUUUCAUGUUUGAGGGCCAUGAUACAACAGCAGCUGCUAUGAACUGGGUCUUGUACUUGCUUGGACAUAAUCCGGAAAUUCAGAAGAAGGUUCACAGGGAAUUGGACCAGGUGUUUGACAAUACUGAACGUCCCAUUACAACGGAGGAUUUGAAGAAUCUUCGAUACCUUGAAUGUGUUGUGAAAGAAGCUCUUCGUCUCUACCCUUCAGUUCCCAUGUUUGCCCGUACCUUGAGAGAGGAUUGCUGCAUUAGGGGAUAUCAGGUACCAAGAGGUGCAAAUGUCGUAGUUUUAACUUAUGCCCUGCAUAGAGACCCUGAGGUCUUCCCUGACCCGGAGGAGUUCAGGCCUGAGCGAUUCUUCCCUGAAAAUUCUAAGGGAAGGCACCCAUAUGCUUAUGUGCCCUUCUCAGCUGGUCCCAGGAACUGCAUUGGUCAGCGCUUUGCACAAAUGGAGGAGAAAACUCUUCUAGCCCUCAUCCUGCGGCGCUUUUGGGUGGAAUCAUGUCAAAAGCCAGAAGAGCUUGGUUUAUGUGGAGAAUUGAUUCUUCGUCCAAAUAAAGGCAUCUGGAUUAAAUUGAAGUCUAGGAGACCAAAUACUGGAUCAGAAUGAAAGGAAUUUCAAGAGUUUACUUCCAAAAGUUUUCAAUCUAUUUAGGCUGAGACAUAUUUUAAAAUCAAAUAUUUUGAUGUCAGUCCAGCAAUUUGUUAAAACUAGUUGCUAUUGUUUUAUUAAAGAAGAUGCAGUAAUAGCCCUAGUUGCUCUACUUUUAUAGUGCUUGUGAACGUCAUGUUAAUCUUUGAAAUGCAAACCUUUAAUCCUUAAAUUUUAGUGCCUUAUCUGCUCAGAUGAAACUAUUCUAUUGCCACAGUGCCAUAAAAACUAAGCUAUGGUAAUAACAACAGUAAUGCCUGUGAUGAAGUGAUCAGCUUACAUGCCAUAGCAUUUUCCAAGUAACUGGGAAGUCUCAAGUGUUUGUAGGGUUUUCAGGUUUCUUUUUUUCUGAAAAACACAAGUGAUAAUCCUUCUUCUUCGCAUAAUUUUUUUUUUUGUGAUGAUUGCCUCUGUAAAGACCACACAAAAAUCUGUGAUCAUUUCACUCCUUGGUAAGCAUUUAAAGUAGUUUGUAAGAGAGGAGUGCUCUGAAUCAUUUUUUAGCAAACUGUACCAAAAGCAUUAACCAUAGCAGGAACUAGACUGUAUGCAAAUUACACACAGGAUUUCAUAAUGAUAAAAGCAAUGUAUUAUUACAAAUUUUGAGAAUAAACUCCCAUUAUGCCUCAAUGUGGACUGAAAUGGUACCUGUUGAAAUUGCAUGCCUCUGUGCAGGUAAAUUGCUGAUGAAUAAUUGUUUCUUAGCAUCACUUCCUCUAGGGUGAUCAAUCAACUAGAUUUUACCAUGCUGGUCAAAGCCAGUGUGCUCUUGCCUUCUAGUGCCCUGAAGGCAACAUACAGAGUUUUUUGCUAAUUGUUGUUGAAGAGGAAUUACAGUGAUAGAAUGAAGUGCCUGUCAAAGUUUCUGAUUGUACCUUCAUGACAGCUCAAACUCUGCUGCAGGCCAUACAGCUGGAGAACAGACUCUCCUUGAUUUUUGCAAGCUCUGAAGAAAAAGCUGGUGCUAAACCAAGCUGAUGUCCUCUAGCUGGUCUGGCUUUACUGGUGUCCUAUGCUUUGGGGCUUCUUUUGACUGGUGUGUGUUGCUCCAGCACGAUACCUGGUGCCGUACAAAGAGGGGUGCCCACCAAUAACCACACUCGUGCCUUUAGUUGUUCUUGCCUCUUGGUGCUGAGGGCUACUGGUGUAUUGUUGCCUUUAGGUUGUUCUUGGGCUGUGGGCAGCCUGCAGAGGGGGACUGGCACAGAGAAGCUGGAGGUCAGAGCUGAUAAAACUAAUAUGGACUGGUCUAGAAAUGAUUAAUGUGUUACAAAGUAGGAAAGGAGUAAUCUGUUCUUACUCAAUUUUGUUGACAUUUACAGAUUUAUUUCUCUUGUCUGUUUCUAUGUUUCCUUUUAACAACACUUUGUCACUUAAUACCUGGGAUACUGCUAUACUUUGCAGAAUAUCAUAAUAAUAACAAAUAAUGAUUUAUUUGUUCCAAAUAAAUUAGAGAUUUCCUUGAACCUGCCAAACUCUUGGUAUUCUGAUAAGCCUAGUUUUUACCAUGAAAUCACAGAUCUUGACAAAUAGUCUAUUAUCACUACCUUUAUUUUACCAUUAAGACAAAAGAGCCUUUAACAAUAGUAAUAUUUGCAUUCUUCAGCCUUCUUUUUCAAAGAUAGGUCUCAUUGCUGUAUAAUAACAAGAAUUUCAGUUUCCAGGGCUGAAUCUAAACAUUGUCUUCUUUAUAAUGAGAUAACUUUUGAGACCACCUCCAUAUGUUAAUGCAUAUAAUACACAUGACACAAGUUUUCCAAAGAGACUCGAAAUUAAGGAAUUAUUUCAUGGUUUUACGUACUUGGCAAUGCGAAUUUUCAAGGUAAAUAAGAUUAGUAUCCAGAAUAUGUUUUCUCAGGAAAUUUGGCAUGUAGUUGAAACCUGGAGAGGUACCUCAUGUCUUAAGCUAUGUGCUUAAGUUAAGGACUUUCAAGACAAAUGAAAACUAAUAUUACUUCCUUUCCUUCUGUGGGAUGUUUUUUGUGAAAAAUAUUUGUAAGAUAGACCAAAUUAUAACAUUUUUUUCCGUAAGAUAAUUCUUAUGACUUCUAUCUACCCUGACCAAUAUUUUUUCUUGCGCUGUGCUUUUUUCUUGUACCAUGCUCUUCUCAUAAAAUGUGUGUGUAUCUCCUAUAAUUUCUUAAUACUCUUCAAAAUGGACAAGAAACUAAUUGAGACAAAAACUGGAUAAAACUAUAAAAAGAAACUCAUUAUGAAAAGUGCAUGGGCUCAAAUGCUGGCACGAGGAUGCCAAUUUGAAAAAUCCCUAUUUAGUGAUGCAAAAAGUGUCUUUGCCAAGACUGAGCACUGAUGUAAUCCUAUAAUCUUUGUGUUCUGAGCUGUUCUGAAAUGGCAGUGAUCUCUUAUCUUCUGUUGUAAAAAUUGGUUCUGAAGCAAUCUGAUGCUGCUAAGGAAAUAAAUAUUGAGGAAAACA